CACCAGCAGCUGCAGCACACAGUCCUGGUCAGACCAGGAGAGAUUCCUCCUGUGAGUUAAAAUGAGAUCCUGACAACUGUGAGACAGAUUGGAGAUUGCUCCCCUGAGUUUUCACACUCUCUGUCCCUUUGGGGCUGUGUCAGGGUCUCCUGUGGCAGCACAAAUUCCAUGCAGAGACCGUGGGAUGUUCCCAGCCCCUGUGGAUGCUGUGAGAAGCAGGAUGCCCAACAGCACAGUGAGGUGCAGGGAUGUGACUGUUGCAGAGGCAGAGUUUAGUGCAAGCUGGAGUGGAGAUGUGAGCCAGCAUCCCUAAGGAUUGGGAUGUCCAUGGAAAACACGUGCAGGGCUGCAUCCACCCAGCCCUUCAAGGGCUGUUCCGUGCUCUCUGUGUCCAUGUGCAGAUUCCCAGUUUGUGCACGUGCACCAUGGAAAGUCAGGGACGAUCGGAGUGACACAAUUCCAGCCUGUGAGCUGAAUCCUGCUGCUGGCACAGUCCAGCGGGGGUGGCUGGGGGAGCUGCACGGGCUCUGCUGAGCUCAUCUCACGUCACAGGGCAGCGAAGGAAACUGGGUGGGACUUCCCAGCCUGGGCUCCUUGGUGUAUUUGCUGCCCAGGCUUUCUAGGCGGAUAAGGAAGGCCUGGAGGAGCAGGCUGGUGUUUUCACCAGGAGCAGGGAGCCAGGGUGAUGCCAGGGACCUGCCUGCCCAAGCAGUGAGGAGCCCACAGAUCUGCAGCUCAGCGAUUCCUGGGUGCAAUUCAGCAGCAUUUAGUCACCUCACAUGGAUGGAUUUACCAAAAGGUGAAGAGCACGGAGCCCCUAAAAUUGCACCUAACGUGUUUCAUCAGCCACGCCUGGAGCAUCCCCCCCAGCGAAGGCACUGAGCACUGCCCCUCUCCCACCCUCCUGUGCAUCCCUGGGCUCUGGUGGUGAAGCCAGAGCCCUCCCUGUGACCACCAUGGAGCUUAACACCCUGAACUCCAGGUUAAAUGCUGCUGUGAGGAACAGGGAUAAAGAAGCUGUGCUGGAGCUGCUGGAGCAAGGGGCAGAUGUGAAUUCCAAGGCAGAGAGUGGCUGGACACCCCUGCACACUGCAGCGAGGUAUGACAAGGACCUGGUCCGGCUUCUGCUGGACAGAGGAGCUUCUCUGCAUGCCAGGAAGGACAAUGGUGGCACUGCCUUUACUGAGGCAGGGAGUGCAGGGAACGUGGAGAUCCUGGAGCUGCUGCUGGAGCGUGGGUCAGACAUUAACGAGCAGGACAUCAAUGGCUUCACAGCUUUCAUGGAGGCCGCGUGGUACGGGAGAGAGGAAGCCUUGAGGUUCCUGUACAGCAGAGGAGCAGAGGUGAAUUUGAGGAGGAAGACCAGUGAGGAGAAAGCCAAGCUGCACAAAGGAGGUGCCACGGCGCUGAUGGACGCUUGCAGGGAGCACCACUUCUCAGCUGUGAAAAUCCUGGUGCAGGAGAUGGGGGCUGAUGUGAACAUCCGUGACAACAGAGACAGGAACGCCUUGGUUCACGCCCUAAAGAAGGGCUCGAGCACAGAAAGGUACGAGUCAGCCGUGGCCAUAGCUCACUUCCUGCUGGAGCAGGGUGUGGAUGUGAAGAGCAAAGAUGAAUGUGGGAAAACUGCCCUCAUCCUGGCUGUUGAAAUGAAGAGCCUGGAGCUGGUGGCAGCUUUGCUGGAGAAGGAUGAGAUAGACAUUGAUGAUGCAGAUGAGGAGGGCAACACAGCCCUGAUGGUGGCCGUGGAGAAAAAUGAUUGCAAAAUAGCAAAGUUGUUGUGUGAAAAGGGAGCCAGGACUGACCUUGGGAACCUGAUUGCAAUUGCAAUGAGGAAGCGUUCUCUUAGCAUGGAAGACCUUCUCCGUGAGUACAAUGCCAGGUUUGUGCCAGAAACCCCCAGAGACUGGAAGCCAAACAGCAAACGCUGGAGAGCACAGCUGAAAAAACUUGAUCAAAUGUAUCGCCCCAUGAUCGGCAAACUGAAGACAUUUCCAUACAUCCAGCAGAAAAUUCAGGACAGCAUCUACCUCGGGCUCCACGGAGGGACAGAGGUGGCAGUGAGAAUAACCCGCAGUGCAGAGGGUGACAAAGAGAAAGAGUUCUUUGAAAAAUGUUCUCACUGCGAGCAUCUGCUGAAGCUCUUCCAGUCUGAGAAGGCAAAAGGCUGCAUGUACUUGUGCUUCCCACUCUGGGAGAAAAACCUCCAGGAACACCUGCAGGACCCUGAAGGCCUAAAGGAUUACAAAGCUGCUCUGAAGAUGAUCUUCCAGGCACUGAGAGAGCUGCACUCCCUUGGAUUUGCUCACCAGGAUCUACAGCCUGGAAACUUUGUAAUAGAUUUAAGUGGCAAAAUUUACUUGGCGGACUUUGGUAAUAAAAGAAGGUCGAUUGAAGGCCAAGAAGAACUUGUAAAUUCAGAUUUAGAGGCCCUGGGCAGGCUCGUGCUCUAUGUUUUAACAGGGGGUAGAAAACCCCUGCAGCAAGUUGGAAUCGAGGAUUUGGCUCCCAGUUCCGCAGAUUACUCAGAAGCUCUGGACCUUGUACAAAGCCUGUCCUCCCAUGAUGAACGAGGCUUGGAAGGGUUGAGCAAACAUCCCUAUUUCUGGAGCAAUCAGAGCAGGUUCAACUUCCUGAAGACUGUAUGGAAUAACAUCAAAGACGACCGAAACCGAGAAAGUAUUUUUCAAGAUCCUAAUGUCACUAAGGAAACUUCUCCUUAUCCAGAGUGGACCAAAUUGGUUGACAAAUAUAUUUUACGUGUCAUGGAAAAGAGACGUAAAAAAUACACCGAUGAUGUCAGUGAACUCCUGAGGCUCAUGAGAAACAUGGAUGAACACAAACAGGAAGGGAUCACCAAAAAAAUAGGAGACUAUGGCGAGUAUUUCCUGGAGACUUUUCCAAAGCUUACCAUCUACGUGUACAACACUUUACGCCAGAACCCAACCUGCAGCCACUUUGCAAACUUCCAGGACCCUUCUGUGUAGGAUGUCACUGCCUCCUGUCCCAUGUCUGAUCCCACCAUCACUCCUUUUAUUUCUUAUUUAUUUGCCUGCAAAAGAGCUGAAGAUGUUAGUAAAGACGGGAUAAAACGCACACAGGGACAGAGUAUGGAGGACUUAAAUUAGGAAAGAUUCCAAAGAGUUUGGUGUAACAACCAGGAGCCUUGGAUGCUGUGAUUUGCACUGUGAUUAUAUGUUGCUUAUGGAAAUGUUUUCAGCUGUGAAAAGUUUGGGGGUUUGUGUGGUUGGUUUUUUUGUUUUGUUGUUGUUUUUUGGUUUUUUGGUUUUGGUUUUGUUUCGGUUCUGCAGCACUGUCAAACCACCACCUGCAUCAGUGUCCUGCCUCGAAGCAAAGAGCCUUCUGAGGGUCCUGGGAACUUUUAAAAUACAUUAUGGAAGUUUGGCUACGCAGCUGUUGAUGAGAAAAUGCAACCAGGAGAACAUUGACUCUUCUUACACCAACAUUACGGGGUUUUUUACCUUUCCUCCCUGCUCUUUUUGUUUUUUUUCUUGCUCACUGCGGCUUUCUCAUGCCCAGAAGGCAGGAGGGCACCCAGAGAUGCAGUGGGGGAGCAGGGGGCUGUGGGUGCCCUGUGCCAUGGCAGAAUUUCUGCUCUUGCACAAAGAGAAGUGAGGCCAUGGGCUGGGCUCCUCCAGCCUCCUGUAAAAUCCACAUUUCCAGCUUUCUGUGACCUUUGCCACUUCUUCCAUCACUCUGCUGUUUCAGUGAAGGACUGGGACUCAAAAGGUGUGCCUGGAACAGAGCAGUGAUUAAACCCAGGGAGGCUGUGACUUAUCUCUCUGGGGCUGGGAAGAAUUUCCAUGGAUGGCUCCUGUGCUCUGUCCUGAAAAACAAACCCACAGAGCAGCUCACAGAAGCACUGAAGGGCUGCUCUUAGCUGGGGCUUUGCUGUGCUGAGCUUCAGGCACAUCCCUGAGGGCCUGGGUCCAGCUGGGCUCUGGGCUCAAAAAACACAGCAAGAUUUGGGGUAAAAUCAACUUCCAGCAUAAGAGCAGUUCUGAGAGUUGGUCACAUUUCAUGUUGUAGGAAUGGAAUCAGCUUCUCAAGCCCUUCAGUUAAAUAAAUAUCCUUGGGUUGGGUAUUUUUGAUUCUCCAGAGGCAAAGUGCUGGUAACCAUAACUGAUAAAUAUGAAACAUGUUGUCAUCUGCCUCAAAAUGUACCUGGUGUUAUUCCCAAGAUGCAUUCUUCAAGGAUCUGGGGUUAAAAAGUGGUUAAAAAUAGCUCAAAGUGACAAAGCUGAGAGCUUGCCUCUGACAAACUGAUGAAGGUUAUGGUCUUUUCUUCACAAGGCCCAAAGAAUGUUUGUGAUUUCUGCAGCUGCCUGGCGACUUGACAAAGUCACUUUGACUCAGUUUCACCUGGAGAAAAUUAAGGCCCUUGCUAGGAUUUGGUUAGUGCUUUGUAAAGACACAUUGGCUCAAAAAACCAACAAAAACCCAGAACCUCACCAAAAAAGGCAUGCUGAAGCCCCAGCCAGGCAUGAGCUGAUUUCUGCAGGAAAAUCAGAAAGACUUUGGCAAAACAGGCACCAUCUCAGCAGCCAGCUGAGUAAGUGAACCCAACAGGCUCUCUCAGCCCUGCUGCCCCCAGCAAUUAAUUUGUGUGGGAAGGUGAGGAGCUGAGGUACAUUUUACAGAUCCAUGUGAGGAAGGAGGUUUGUGCGGUGUUCCAGCAGGAAACAUGCGUCACAGCACGUCCCUGCCACGGCUGGGAGCUGGGAGCUGCUGUG